AUGGAGGCGGAGAAGAGAAAGCGGGAAGAUGACGGAGAGAGGAAGAGAUCGAAGGGAAAGAGAGCACUUAACCAAAGAGAAACGGCAGCGACGGAGGAAGAAGUCGAGGAGUUCUUUGCAAUAUUAAGGAGGAUACGCGUGGCUGUUAAGUAUUUCGAGAAGAAUGACGGCAAAAGAUGGGAACCGUCGUUUGAGAAAGAGGAUUUUGAGGAAGUUAACGGCGAUAUUGAACCAAAAAGGAAGGAAGAAGAUUGCGUGGAUGAGAAUACGGGUUUGGAUCUAAACUCGGAUCCUCCAUCGGAAGAUAAUUCUCUUUAA